AGUAAAUACUACGCACCGACCUCCUUCUUGUCGCUGCGGCGAUGAAAGCAGAGGACACCACCGGGGCAUGUCAGUGGCUGUGACAUAUAAACGCCGGAGAGUCUCUGUUUUUGUUCGCUUAUCGAUCCGUUCGGCUAACCGGGUGUUGGUGCGUCGAAGGUAAGACGCCCGCUGAGUCUUUUGUCGGCCUCCCUGCCGCUCCGUCGACGACGUUUUCAUCCCCCUGAAGGAGAGAGUCACCGGGACACAGACCCUUGUAACUCGACCACCAGCUCCGAGUUGCUCGGCUGAGCAGAGCAUGCUAAAUAAUGAGCCAACGGGACACAUUGGUUCAUUUGUUUGCCGGAGGAUGUGGAGGAACAGUUGGUGCAAUCUUAACAUGCCCUCUGGAAGUGGUGAAAACCAGACUGCAGUCCUCCUCAAUCACGCUCUACAUCUCUGAAGUCCAACUCAGCACUGUAAAUGGAGCCAGUGUGGCCCGAGUCGCUCCGCCUGGGCCUCUGCAUUGUCUCAAGUUGAUUCUGGAGAGAGAGGGUCCGCGUUCACUCUUCAGAGGACUGGGGCCAAACCUUGUAGGCGUGGCACCUUCCAGGGCGAUCUACUUUGCUGCCUAUUCUACAGCCAAAGAGAAACUGAACGGAGUGCUGGAGCCUGACUCCACCCAGGUCCACAUGGUGUCUGCUGGGAUGGCAGGCUUCACAGCCAUCACCGCCACCAACCCAAUCUGGCUGAUCAAGACCCGCAUGCAGCUGGACUCCAGACACAAAGGUGAAAGGCGGAUGAAUGCAUUUGAGUGUGUUCAACGGGUUUACCAGAUGGACGGCCUGCGAGGGUUCUACAGGGGCAUGUCCGCGUCCUACGCUGGCAUUUCCGAGACCGUCAUCCAUUUCGUCAUCUACGAGAGCAUCAAGCGCAAGCUGCGUCAGUCCAAAGCUCACACCAGCGUGGACGAAGAGGACGAGUCUGUCAAAGACCCUUCUGACUUUGUUGGGAUGAUGCUCGCAGCAGCCACUUCGAAGACGUGCGCCACCACCAUCGCCUACCCCCACGAGGUUAUCAGAACACGACUAAGAGAAGAAGGCAGCAAGUACAAGUCAUUCUUCCGAACACUACUGACAGUCCCGAAGGAGGAGGGAUACCGGGCUCUUUACCGAGGCCUGACCACACACCUCAUCAGACAAAUCCCCAACACGGCAAUCAUGAUGUGCACAUAUGAAGUUGUGGUUUACCUACUAGGCCGUUAGCCAGCCAUUCCCGUCUCAUUCCCGUGUGCAGAGAGUAGGUGGUUCGCAAAAGACUGCGGCGUGUGGAGGAUUGAGAACCGUUAGAAUUGAACAUGACGACCAAAGGAAAAGUAGAGUGCAAAGUUAGAGCAAGCAUCAAGACCUCCAGCUCCUUCUACUUGGCUGUGAUGUCAAAUAGAUGGAGCUGUAGGUCUUUGCAGGAGAGUGAAUGAGACAUGAAGAGAAAUGGUUGAGCACCUGUGAAACAUGGUACCUCAAAAAAAAAAGAACCUGCCUUAACAAAAGUGUUCACUUUGAAGUUCUGAAAGAGUAAUGCUGGUUGACUUCUAUGUUUGCUAGAAACACUAUCAAAACCGAAGUUAUGGUAUAAAAGAAUGUUUGAUUUGAAAACAAGGAUUUCUCAUCACUAUUCAAGUUGUUUUGCAGUACCAUCGUUAUGCUUUCACUCGGCCAAAUACAAUCCAGUCUGUUCCAGCAUCUCAUUCAGAACCCACCUGUUGUUUCUAUUGAAUGGAAUGAAGUUUGACUCACUUUAUGACCCAGUGCCUGGUGGCAAUGCUGGAGUUGCCUUGCUUCAUUAUGUGCAAACAGAGGCACUCACAGCCCAGUUAGUCCUCAUCACCUGUGACUUGUGACUCUCAAGCGAAAGCAUCUGUCAUUGCAAUAGAGCUACUUGAAUAUAAUGUAACGGUGCUGGGAUUCCUUGGAAGAUGAAGGAGCUAUCACUACACCACCUGUGAAUGUGUGACGUAUACGAUUUGCGCACCUGCGGUCAUGCAUGCCGGCAUGUAAAAUAGAUCUACUCUAGACUUCUCUACGCUGAAUAUUAACCUGCCGAGAUGGAAAAGCUUCUGUGCAAAACUGGCAUCUUUCAGUUUCUCCUCUUCUUCCAGUGGCUUCCAACUGACCUAAUAACAUGCACUUUUGUGGCCUUCAGAGGCCUGUGUUUUGCAAUUAAUUGCGUGGACAGUAUAAAGUGUACAUGAUAGACGAAAAUGUAUUUUGCAAAACAAUUCUUAUACUAGAUAUAUUGUACAGUAUAUUGUGUCCUGUAGUUGUGAUUGAAGAAUGUCUACUUUGUGUGUAUAUGUAAUUUAAUGCACAUCCUUUAUCUUGAAGUCCAUAUAUUGUGCUUUUUUUAUUUUUAUUUUUUGCAUUUGAUUUGUUUAUGUGCAAUUAAGCUUUGUUUAACAUGAAUUUUUCAUUUAUUUUUUCCUGUGAAACAUAAACUGUGAUGUAAGCAUUAGUGCUUACCAGUGAUCUAACAAAUGCUGGAAACUUUUUUUUUUUUUAGUUGUCAUGCUACACUUGGCAUUUCUUUGGAUAAACGUGAGAAUUUCUUUGAUACAUUUGAUCAGAAUCCCAUAUUUUUCAACACUGGUCUCACAUUGCCUGUUCCUGAACUAAGAUGUAUUUCUGCAGUAUUAUUACAGGCAAAUACACGUUACAGACCUACGUCUCAAUUCUCUCUAGCAUUUUCCUGCCCCGUUUAUGCAUUUGACGCUGUUGUAGGGUUACUGCUGAGUUGUUCAUUUGCUUUCCUGUUGAGUGUUAUUAACUUUGUCUACAUUGCUGUAAUACUUGAGGUCAAA